AAGUCGGGCGACUUUCCCUUUCCGGCUUCUGGUCCCGGAGCAGAGCGGGAGGCCGGACCGGGGGCAGCCGAGCGGUGGCGGCGGCGGGGGUGGCCAUGGCGGAGCUGGUGCAGGGGCAGAGCGCUCCUGUGGGCAUGAAGGCCGAGGGCUUCGUGGACGCCCUGCACCGGGUCCGGCAGAUUGCUGCUAAAAUUGAUUCAAUUCCUCACUUGAAUAAUUCCACACCCCUAGUGGACCCCUCUGUAUAUGGGUACGGAGUACAGAAGCGGCCCCUGGAUGAUGGAGUAGGUAACCAGUUAGGGGCCUUGGUACAUCAAAGGGCAGUAAUAACAGAAGAAUUCAAAGUGCCUGAUAAAAUGGUUGGAUUUAUUAUUGGCAGGGGAGGUGAGCAGAUUUCACGGAUUCAAGCAGAAUCUGGUUGCAAAAUUCAGAUUGCUUCAGAGAGUUCUGGGAUUCCAGAGAGGCCCUGUGUACUUACCGGAACCCCAGAAAGUAUUGAACAAGCCAAACGGCUCCUGGGGCAGAUUGUGGACCGCUGUCGGAAUGGACCUGGCUUUCACAAUGACAUGGAUGGCAACAGCACAGUCCAGGAGCUGCUCAUCCCUGCGUCUAAAGUGGGUCUGGUCAUUGGCAAAGGAGGAGAGACAAUCAAGCAGUUACAGGAGAGAACAGGUGUGAAAAUGGUUAUGAUCCAGGAUGGUCCGCUGCCCACAGGAGCAGACAAGCCUCUCCGCAUCACAGGGGAUCCAUUCAAAGUACAGCAAGCAAGAGAGAUGGUACUAGAGAUCAUCCGGGAGAAAGAGCAAGCCGACUUCCGAGGUGCACGUGCUGAUUUCAGCUCCCGAGUGGGAGGAGGCAGUAUAGAGGUAUCUGUGCCAAGGUUUGCUGUUGGGAUUGUAAUAGGAAGAAAUGGAGAAAUGAUCAAAAAGAUCCAGAAUGAUGCUGGUGUGAGGAUUCAGUUUAAACCAGAUGACGGGAUUAGUCCAGAAAGAGCAGCACAGGUCAUGGGCCCUCCAGAUCGGUGUCAGCAUGCAGCACACAUCAUCAACGAGCUAAUUCUCACAGCACAGGAAAGAGAUGGCUUCGGGGGCCUGGCAGUGACCAGAGGAAGAGGCCGUAGUCGUGGUGACUGGAGCAUGGGCACUCCCAGUGGGAUCCAGGAAAUAACCUACACUGUGCCCGCAGACAAGUGUGGUCUCGUCAUAGGCAAAGGGGGUGAGAACAUCAAAAAUAUCAAUCAGCAGUCAGGCGCACAUGUGGAACUUCAGCGGAACCCCCCUCCUAACACCGACCCCAACCUGCGGAUAUUCACCAUCAGGGGCUCGCCGCAGCAGAUCGAGGUGGCCAGGCAUCUCAUAGAUGAGAAAGUUGGUGGUACCAGCCUCGGAGCCCCUGCAGCCUUUGGACAGAGCCCCUUCAGCCAGCCGCCAGCCACGCCACAUCAAAACACCUUUCCUCCAAGGGGCUUCCCCAACAUCGCUGCUAAAGUGAAUGGAAACCCCCACAGCACCCCUGUGAGUGGCCCUCCAGCUUUUCUGACCCAAGGCUGGGGCAACACUUACCAGGCUUGGCAGCAGCCCACACAGCAGGUCCCAAGCCAGCAGAGCCAGCCACAGAGCAGCCAGCCCGACUACAGCAAGGCCUGGGAGGACUAUUACAAAAAGCAGAGUCACACCACCAAUGCUGCUCCUCAGGCCAGCUCUCCGGACUACACGAUGGCCUGGGCGGAGUAUUACAGGCAGCAGGUCGCCUUCUACGGCCAGACAUUAGGGCAGGCUCAGGCCCACAGCCAGGUCUGUAGCCAGUCCCCAGCACCGUGACGCCUCCCAGAGCAGCCCUCACCCUGCCUCCCCAGCCUCUGUGCUUGCCUGGUCCCAGGGUGAGCACACUGGGCUGUGGGGUCUCCUGUCCCCUCCUUGUCCUGGUGGAAUAGAAGCGAGGAGGAGUGUGCCCCGGCUUCCAGCUUGGUCCGAGCUCUGCUUUCUUUCUUGCUCUGCCCUUAGUUUCCCUAACUAUAGAUGAGUGCCAAGCUUUUACCUGGCUCUUCAGUGGGACUUGAGGACCACUCCAGAAGCUGCUCUUGAAGAGAGCAUGGCCCAGGCUGCGGCCUUUGCUUGGGUGUCAGUAGGCAGCAGCAGGUGAUGGGUGCAUCCAUGCCCUCCAGGCCAGGCAGGUGGAGUGCCAGCCUGACUCCCCCGUGUGUAGAAACUUGGAGGCCUCUGUCCAGUCCUCAGCCAGCAACUGUCUUUAAAGCAGGGAAAAGGGCCAAAUGCUCCCACAGGGGACCUGAUGCUAGUCAGGCCCUGUGGGCAGCCAGUUCCCUCCAGCUCUGGCAUCUUCUGCCCACCACUGUCUGGGCUAGGCCUGGGGAAUCUGGUGUUAGGGCUACUGGUGACCCUAGAGAACAGUACUGGCCCUCUCCCUUUGUCCCUCCCGAGUGUCCCCAGAGGAAGAAAAAGCCUGUCCUCUUCCAGAGGGGUUUCCUGACCUCAACACUGAGGUGCUUUGCCUCCAGUGCUUGGUGAUGUGUGGCGCCAUCACUCCUGCCUGGCGUCACGCUGACCCUCUCCCUCCCCCCACAGGAGCAGUAGAUGGGCGUUUGCAGCGGCUCUUCCCCGAAAUCAGUGUGAGAGAAACCUGUUUGUAACAGAGGUUUUAGAUUUGCAAACCUUUUGAUGAAGAACUUUGUUUUGUUCUGUGAAACACUAUAUUUAGAUUAACAGAAAUUUUCUAAAAAUUGAGAAAAUUAGUUACUAAAAAUUGCUGGUAAUUUCUGUGUCAUGAUUUUUUUGUUUGUUAUUUCAAAUGUGUGUACGCUCUGGGGCUCUUCUGGAGCAAAGCCUGCAAGAGCAGGCGCUGGGACUCGGCUCAGAGCAGCGGCAUUUCAUCACCAUGGUGGGUUUGUUUGGUUUUGUUUUUGUGUCUUUUUAUUUACAGUUUUUUUUGCAACAGAAAAGUGGCUUGGAAGUCUUAGGUGGUAUGUAACAAAUUCUUUAAGAAAUUUUUAAACAGUAUUUAAAUAUUAAAUGUGUAAAUUCAUUUAGUGUUUUACUUUUAAUUUCUUGUAUCUUGGCUGUCUGGUUUUAUUGCAUUUUUUAAAAAGCUGAACUAUUAUGUAUUGUAAUUAAUGAUGUGAAUUCUGAAUUGAGACCGGUCAUGUGUUGCUGUCCAGCAGGGGCGGGAGGGGCAUUUUAUAGGCUUGUAUGAUUUCUAGGGUUCUAAAGGGUAAUAUAAAGAUGUGUCGACGUGUUUAGCGUACUCUUUUUUUCAUGUCUCCAUUACCAGUUGCAACUGUGUGUCUAAGACCUCCAAGCUGGUUUUAAAAACAAAACAAAAGCCUUUCUCUAUUCUCUCAGAAAUAUAAAUACUGUUAUUUUUAAUAUUAAAAAGAAAUUCAAUAUAACUUUUAACAAACACUGUGGACAUUAAACCAUAUAAAAAUGUAGUAACUAUUUUUUAAUUCCAGGGUGUUUUUUCUUUUUUUCUUUUAAAUAUUUUCUUAAUAUUUCUCAAAUGAACUAGAUGGAGAAAUAAAUCUAGUAUUAACCACAGUAUGAAUUAAAUAAUUUUGAUUUAAUAAAAGGGAUAAUAUGAUUUCCAGUGUUUACUGUAGUGUAUCUUGUACAGAUAACAUGUAUUUUUAAAGGAAAAAACGGAAUUGAAGCUAUUUUUUCUUGCAUUUUGAAUUGACUGAGGAACAUUCCGUUUGAAGUGUGCUUAAGUUACAGUUUAUGGGUUUUUCUCUUUAUUUUCUUUACAAUGCUUGAAAUGUCUAACUAUUAAAAAAAGGCAGUUGGAAAAUGUUAUGCAUGUUGUUUUAAAAAAAAAAAAGUGUUCUUUUUAUUUGACUGACAAUUCAUUUUACACUCUAUAUAAUAAAAUCCCCACAAGCUGUCUUGUGGACAAUAUC